AUGACGGCCCCUUUCCCCCAAGAAGCCUACAAAAUAACAACUCCACGCCUCAUCAUCCGCAGCGGAGUCCCCGAAGAUGCCGAAGCGCUGUACACCCUCUUCUCAACUCCCGAAAACCAGCCGUACGACACCGUCCAGCCCGACAUCUCGCCCGAAGUCAUGAAAGGCCGCAUCGAACGCUGGAAGCCACUUACCGCUGCCGGAAAGAACGCCUUCAUGAUGGUCACCCUCCGCGAAACGGGCGAAGUCAUCGGACAGGGCGGGUACAACUGCUUCGAGGACGCGGAUGGCAAGUCCGUCGCGAAACAGGAGGGGGAGGACGAGGUUGGGGGUCGUCCGUAUCUCACUGAUACUGGCGUCGUUCUCGACCAUCGGCACUGGGGCAAGGGGUACGGACGGGAGACCCUGUGCGCCAAGGUCGAGUAUGCGGUCGAGGAGCUCGGGUGUAAAGUUGUUCGCGUCGAGACGGAUGAGAAGAAUAGGCCGUGGAGGGCGCUGAUGGCGUCUAUGGGACUGGGGCAUAUCGAGACGAUUGGGGUGACGAGUUAUGAUGAGAACACUAUCGGAUGUGUGUACAACAUUGAUGUUGAGACAUGGAGGACCGUAAGAGAGGAUAUGAAGAAGAACGGGAAGUGGCCCCUGUGA